CCACUGCCUGCUCCGCUGCGCGGGCGCUGAGGGGGGAAUCCGGCGUCUGCGGAGCCGGGCGUGGGCUGCGGGCGGGACGCUGGCUGGUCGACUAGUGGAUGGUAAUUUCCCACGUCGCGCGAGCAAGAAGCUACUCUGCUAGAAGCUAGAAUGAAACAGUUACCUGCAGCAACAGUUCGCCUUCUUUCAAGUUCCCAGAUAAUCACUUCAGUGGUCAGUGUUGUAAAAGAGCUCAUUGAAAACUCCUUGGAUGCAGGUGCAACAAGCAUAGAUGUUAAACUGGAGAAUUAUGGAUUUGAUAAAAUUGAAGUACGAGACAAUGGUGAAGGAAUCAAGGCAAAUGAUGCACCUGUAAUGGCAGUAAAGUACUACACCUCUAAAAUAAAUAGUCAUGAAGAUCUUGAUAAUUUGACAACUUACGGUUUUCGUGGCGAAGCCUUGGGGUCAAUUUGUUGUGUAGCUGAGGUUUUAAUUACAACAAGGACAGCUGCUGAUAAUUUUAGCACCCAGUAUGUUUUAGAUGGCAGUGGUCACAUAAUUUCUCAAAAACCUUCACAUCUUGGUCAAGGUACAACCGUUACUGCUUUAAGAUUGUUUAAGAAUCUACCUGUAAGAAAGCAAUUUUACUCAACUGCUAAAAAAUGUAAAGAUGAAAUAAAGAAGGUCCUAGAUCUCCUCAUGAGCUAUGGAAUACUUAAACCUGACUUAAGGAUUCUCUUUAUACAUAACAAGGCAAUUAUUUGGCAGAAAACCAGAGUAUCAGAUCAUAAGAUGGCUCUCAUGUCUGUUCUGGGGACUACUGUUAUGGGCAACAUGGAGUCCUUUCAGUACCAUUCUGAAGAAUCUCAGAUUUAUCUAAGCGGAUUUUUUCCAAAGCAUGAUGCAGACCACUCUCUCACAAGUCUUUCAACCCCAGAAAGGAGUUUUAUCUUUAUAAACAGUCGACCAGUGCACCAAAAAGACAUAUUAAAGUUAAUCCGACAUUAUUACAAUCUAAAGUGCCUAAAGGAAUCUACUCGUUUGUAUCCCAUUUUCUUUCUGAAAAUUGAUGUUCCUACAGCUAAUGUGGAUGUCAAUUUAACACCGGAUAAAAGUCAAGUAUUGUUACAGAAUAAGGAAUCUGUUUUAAUUGCUCUAGAAAAUCUGAUGACGACUUGUUACGGAUCACUACCUAGUACAAAUUCCUGUGAAAAUAAUAAAACAGAUGUUUCCUCAGCUGACAUGGUUGUUAGUAACUCAGAAGAAACAGAUGUGCUUUUUAAUAAGAUGGAAUCAUCUGGUAGUGAUUAUUCAAAUGUUGAUACUUCAAGCAUUUCUUUCCAAAAUGAUGUGCAUAAUGAUCAAUCUGGAGAAAACACUAAUUGUUUAAAUCAUCAUAUACACACUGGUGAUGAUUAUGAUGAUCAUUUUAUUAAUGGAAAUUCUAACAUUGAUAAGAACACUAAAAAUACAUUUCAGGAGAUUCCAAUGAAUAGUUUGUUAUGUGAGGACAACCAGAAGGAAUACAGUGAAACCUCUUUUGCAUGUUCUGUUAAGCACUCCCAAUCAGAAAAUGGCAAUAAAGGCUGUACAGAUGAGAAUGGGAAAAACGAAGAAGAACCAGUUCCUGCAAAGUCUUUGGAAAUUUGUGCAGAUGACUGGAGCAAGGGAAAUGCACUCAAAAAUUCAAUGGGAGAAAACAUUGAACCUGUGAAACUUUUAGUACCUCAAGAAAAUGCAGCAUAUAAAGAAAGUAAAAAUAAUAGCCCAAGCCCUGAACAGAAGAAUCUCAGUGAAGGUUCCUGUAACAAAAAAUCAAAUGUGGUAGAUGACAAAUCUGGACAGCUUACAGCUUAUGAUUUAAUUAGCAGUCAUGUAAUCAAGAAACCCAUGUCAGCAAGUGCCCUUUUUGUUCAAGAUCAUCGUGUUCAGUUUCUCACAGAAAAUUCUAAGACCAGUUUGGAGGAUGCAACGCUACAAAUUGAAGAACUGUGGAAGACAUUGAGUGAAGAGGAAAAACUGAAAUAUGAAGAGAGGGCUGCUAAAGACUUGGAACGAUACAAUAGGCAAAUCAAGAGAGCCAUUGAACAGGAGCCAUUACAAGAUAGCAGGAAAAAGAUAAAACCCUCCAGUUCAUGGAAUUUGGCACAGAAACACAAAUUGAAAGCGUCGUUAUCUAAUCAGCCAAAACUUGAUGAGCUUUUUCAGUCCCAAAUUGAAAAGAAAAAGAACCAAAACAGUAAAAUAGUUCAAAUUCCCUUUUCUAUGGAAAACUUUAAAAAAAAUUUUGAGAAACACAAGAACUUUGAACUAGAAGGAAAGGAUGAACUUUGCUUGAUCCACAGUCUCAAGUUUCCUGAUGCGUGGCUAAUUACAUCCAAAACAGAGGUAAUGUUAUUAAAUCCAUACAGAGUGGAAGAAGCCCUGCUAUUUAAAAGACUUCUUGAGAACCAUAAGCUUCCUGCAGAACCACUGGAAAAACCAAUUAUAUUAACAGAGAGUCUUUUUAGUGGAUCCCAUUAUUUAGAGAUUUUAUAUAACAUGACAGCAGAUGACCAAAGAUCCAGUGGAUCAACUUACCUGUCUGAUCCUCGUCUUACAGCAAAUGGUUUCAAGAUAAAAUUCAUACCAGGAGUUUCUAUUGCUGAAAACUACUUGGAAAUAGAAGGAAUGGCUAAUUGUCUUCCAUUCUACGGAGUGAUGGAUUUAAAAGAAAUUCUUAAUGCUAUAUUCAGCAAAAAUGCGAAACAAGUUUUUGAAUGUAGACCUCGCAAAGUAAUAAGUUAUUUAGAGGGAGAAGCAGUGCGCCUCUCUAGACAGUUACCCAUGUACUUAUCAAAGGAGGACAUCCAAGACAUCAUCUGCAGAAUGAAGCACCAAUUUGGAAAUGAAAUUAAAGGGUGUGUUCAUGGUCGCCCAUUUUUUCAUCAUUUAACUCGUCUUCCAGAAGCUACAUGAUUAAACAUGUUUAAGAAAAUUAGUUACUGUUGAAAUUGAUUUAUCAUAAAUACGAAUCAGUUUUUAAACCAUGUCUGUACUGUGUUAAGUGGUUAUUCUAUAAGUGAGGAUAUACUGGCUUGUAUAUAUAUUGAAAAAAAAUUUUUAACUGAAAUAAACUAAUAGACUGCUCAUUUUA